AAGUGACAUAGUAUUAUUGUACGUUUGCUAAAAUCGUCCCCUUACAGCGAGCGAUCUGCCGUAGUCGAGCAUUUUUUUCUAAAAGCUUUUGGAAUUAACAUUACUCUGUGUUGAAAAUGCCGAGUGGUAAAAACUUUAGGAGGAGAAGGGACUCGUCAGAUGUAGAGGAGGAAGAGACAACUGAAGAACUCAGAUCAAAAGUAGAAGAGGCUAAAGAGCUGCAGAGUUUGCGGAAACGACAGACCGGAGUCAGUGUGACCGCCCUGUUGGUAGGAGAGAAACUCCCGCCAGAGGCUGAAAUUGAUAAUGACCCUUUUAAACUGAAGACUGGAGGGGUUGUUGACAUGAAGAAAGUCAAAGACAGGAAUAGGGACAUGACAGAAGACGAGACAGACCUCAACCUGGGCACAUCCUUUUCUGCUGAAACGAACAGAAGAGACGAGGAUGCCGACAUGAUGAAAUAUAUUGAGACAGAGCUGAAAAAGAAGAAGGGUUUGGUGGAAGCCGAGGAACAGAAAGUUAAGGUGAAGAACGCUGAGGACCACCUGUAUGAGCUGCCUGAGAACAUCCGAGUCAAUUCUGCCAAGAAGACAGAGGAGAUGUUAUCCAAUCAGAUGCUGAGUGGGAUUCCUGAAGUUGAUCUUGGCAUUGACGCAAAGAUAAAGAACAUUAUCUUCACAGAGGAGGCGAAAGCCAAGCUUCUGGCAGAACAGAGGAACAAGAAAAAGGACCAUGGCACAUCAUUUGUACCCACCAACAUCGCUGUCAACUACGUCCAACACAACCGCUUCUAUCAUGAGGAUGUGAAUGCACCACAGAGGCACCACAGACACAGAGAAGAGCCCAAAGCAAGACCGCUACGUGUGGGAGACACAGAGAAACCAGGUCCAGAGGCGUCGUCACCACCAAACUACCGCAAACGUCCAAACAAUGAAAAGGCCACAGAUGACUACCAUUACGAGAAGUUCAAGAAGAUGAAUCGGCGAUAUUGAGGAGCUGGAUGUUUUCUUUUUAAGGAUGAAUUACUCAACUUGAAGUCCAUCUUUACAAAGAUUGAAGCCUCCAGAUUAGCAGACUGGUUUUCUCAAAUAACUGUUAGUCAGAGGACUUACAAGCCAGUGCAGUGCUUUAUAAAGGUUGUAAAUAUCUCCCCCGGUUAUGUGUAUAUAGUACAUUUGCUUUGUGAUGUAUUAUGUUAAAGGAGAAUUCCACAUCACUGAGGAAAUGUGGCGGUUCAGGGUCGUCUGAUGACCAGGGAAUCAGACGAGCCAGAAUCCGUGAGAGAUGUGCUUCUUAGUUAACUGUUCAAUCUUGACCCUUAGUUGGAGAAUUUAGUUUUUAGGGCUUUCAAAAAAAAAACUAUUUCAUUAAAAACAUAAAACAACAAGAUUUGAGUUGUUCUUUAAUGUGACCAGUGCUUAUAGGAGUAUAAAAAAAGGCAGAAAUAAAACGUUACAAAAAAAAACAAACAAACAUACUAAAUAAAUGUAAGAAUAUACACACAUAUUCAAUACUUAAGCCAAGUCCAACAUA